AUGAAGUUAUCUAGUGCUGUUCUUGCCAUUGUCCUCAUUUCCAUUUCUAUCCGUGACACAUUUCGUCGCCAUCACAACAUCCGUGCUGAUUUCUUUGGUGUCCUUCUUUGGUUUGGAGCUGCUAUUUUACUCAUCUUAUCACUCAGCUGGGGUGGUACCACUUAUACCUGGAGCUCAGCAGUCAUUAUUGCAUUGUUGUGUGUGGGGUCGGUUCUCUUGGUUGCCUUUGGUGUAUGGGAAUGGAAAGGUGCCAGCGAUCCAGUCAUUCCUCGCUACGUCAAAAAUCGAAGUAGCGUCCUGAUUCUUGUUUCAGCCUUCUGUUAUGGCGGCACAUUUCAAUCACUCAUGACCUAUGUUCCUUUGUACUUAUCGGUGAUCCGCCAAGAAGACUCCAUGGCCACCAACUUGGAAUUGCUUAGCUUGGUGCUUGUUGCAUGCAUUGCCAACGUCACAGUGGGACUUUUGAUUGUUAAAACGGGACAUUAUCGAUGGGCGAUUCGAUCCUCUUUGACAGUGUUGGUGUUGGCCAGUGGAUUGCUGCAGCUGCUAAAACCGGAUUCGAGUCGAGGAUUGAUUGUAGGCUUGAUGCUGAUCACUGGUGUUGGUGUUGGUGGUAUGCUCAAUAGCAGUAUUGUUACAGCGCAGGCAUCAGUAUCACUUGAACAUGUACCAGCCAUCAUUUCUCUCAUGACGUUAUGUGACUUGACAGGCGGUAUCACAGGCAUCACAGUGCAAGGGACCAUUUUAUCCAAUACAUUGUACGAGCGUUUGGCGCCUAUCAGCGGUGUAUCAGCAGCACAGGUGCGUCAAAGCGCAUCCUAUCUUUGGAGUCUUGAAGAACCUGUACGCAGCCAAGUCAUCUCAGCUUACAUGGAUGCGGUGCACAUGUCAUUUUGGGGCUCCACUGGUUUUGCUGCAGUAGCAUUAUUGGCGACAAUUGGCCUUCAAGCCUAUGAAUUGAGAACCUACUUGGAGAAGGAUGAAGACGAGCAUGAGGAUUUGGAUAGCGAAGUAGAAGAGAAUAAUAUAGACAAGAAACAGCAAUUACCACCACCACCACCACAAGCAAUCGAAUAG